CAUAUGCACGUCCGUCGCUCACUGGUAUAUGUGUAUAUGAACAAUACUUUUCUCUUCACGACCAUUCCUUCUUGUCUAAAUAAUACCCCAAAAAUUCACUCUGUACAGUUAUCUCAUAAAAUCAAUGAUUGCCACCACCAAAACUUCAAUCCAGGCAGCCAUAGAAACAAACUAUGACAGAGCGCAAGAGCUAAAGGCUUUUGAUGACACCAAAACUGGUGUCAAAGGACUUGUUGAUGCUGGGAUUGCCAGAGUCCCAAAAAUUUUCAUUCAACCACCAGACAAUCUCAACAAAACCACCAAUCCAAGCAAUACCCAGUUCAGUUUUCCAAUCAUAGACCUUACUAUCAUCGACAAAGAUCCGAUCCGGCGGAAGGUAGUCAUCGAUGAAAUCUGCGAGGCUGCGGAGAAUUGGGGGUUCUUCCAGGUGGUGAACCAUGGUGUUCCAGAGAGUGUGUUGGAGGAGAUGAAGAAAGGUGUUCAUAGGUUUUAUGAGCGGGACAGUGAGGUGAGAAAAGAGUGGUAUACUAGAGAUGUGAAGAAAGCUGUGGUGUAUAAUAGUAAUUUUGAUUUGUUUAGUGCACCAGCUGCUAAUUGGAGGGACACUUUCAAUUGUAGUAUGGCUCCUAAACCCCCAAAUCCAGAGGAAUUGCCCCCUCCUUGCAG